CACAAUCCGAGGGAGUUCACUUUGUGUAUCCUACACGUUGAGCAAAUGGUUGUCCAAGUAAACCAGCCAACUCGCCACUACAGCAAAACGAUGGAAGGAAGUCAGCAAAAGGUGGAGGCUAAUGUCUUACUACUUGGAGCUGAAAGCGUCGGUAAAUCUGCUCUCACGGUGCGGUUUCUCACUAGAAGGUUUAUCGGCGAAUACGGCGAUAUUGAAUCCAUCUACAGUCACACUGACCGAAUAGAAGGACGGGAGAUCAGCUUUAAUAUCUGGGAUUCGCUUUGCCCCCAGAAUGGUGAGGUCGAGGGACACAUCAGUGACAGACAACUCCAGUGGGCGGACGGUUUCAUUCUGGUUUAUAGCAUAUGUGACCGUGCCAGCUUCAAUGUGGUGCGGCAACAGGUACAGCGCAUCCAGCAAGCCAAAAGCAAGUUCCCCGGAGCCCAUCCCAUCAUUAUCGUGGGCAAUAAACGUGACCUCCAGCAUCGCCGCACUGUCUCCAGCGAGGAAGGACGCCUCCUCGCUCUUUCCACGGACUGUGGCUUCUUUGAGAUCUCUGUAGCGGAGACAUACCACGAGGUACAACUGGUAUUUCACGAACUGCUCGACCUUAUCCGAGAGGCGAGGGCGCUCAAGAAGGGGGCAGCUGGGAUCAAGGGUAUUGUGAGAAGCAUGUCCGCAGUUUUCGGAAGGAAGAGGACUGAGUAGUUCCAAUAUAGCUGAAUACGAGAGACGUUGAGGUGUUACUGUAGUUCUGCAUCUAAACAGCCCAGGACUUGUCCGUGCAUAAAAAGGAUGGUUAUGUUUCCAUAUUGGAAUAGGUCCAUGCACAGCUCUGUGAUUUAGGCCUAACUGAACUCAAGCCGGUUGGAUUGUUACUCGAAUGAGAUGAUUGACAAUCAAAUCCUAUCAAAUUGACAGGAUUAAGUACUCUUAUUUGUGUCGGAGGUCAGGUGGCCUAAAGUAGCAGAAAAAUGCCCUUAAAUUGCCAACUUGUUCAAUUGCCUUGCAACAUGCCAUACAAUUGCCAACUGUAAAGCAGAAGGGCUCUUGUUUAAAUUCCUGGAAGUAGUAUUGUGGAGAGUCUAUGUGCAAUAGACAACUUAUUUCUCUUCACAAAUCUGUAUCAGCAUGCAGAAUGUUCUACGGGUCAGGUCUGCUUGGUCUUAUUGGCACAAUCCCUUGGACUAUUGACAGUCUAUGCAAGACAGAUAAGUGAAUGUGUAGCAUUAUAAUGGUGUGAUCAUUACAUUUGCUCUCUUAGACUCCAGUAGUUUUGCUGCGUUUCCAUCCACGGCACCUACAUCAAUCACACCUUUAAGGUGUUCUGAAAGGUCAGCCAGUGGGGGACCAUUCUCUGUUCAUUAAUGUCAAUACCAUCUAUUUGUCUGAGUGCUGUACAUUUCACGUCUUUGAAGAAUGCCGAGGCCUACUUGACUUUUUCAUAGGGGUGUUAAUGCAGUGGACAAACAUGUCUAUUUCAAUAGCCUACUGAUUCUAUCAUGUUUUUUUUUUGGUAACUUUUCAUGAAUUAUGACAACUGAAGUCAUGUUUGUUAUACAAGUCAUUACUUUAACUGUACAAAGUUUACAUACUACAGAACUUGGUCGUACAAUUUCAUAAUAAAAUGUGAAAUGAAUGCUUAA